AUGAAGAUAUUCAUGCAAAAACUGUGGUUGAGAGGAAUAGGAUGGGACGAGGCAUUACCGCACGACCUUUACACUCAAUGGGUUGAGUAUCGAGAAAGCAUCAACCGCAUAUUACAGUUACAUAUUCCCCGGUGGAUACGUUACUCCAAUGAGAAGCUCGUACAACUACAUGGAUUUGCAGACUCCUCGGAGCUGGCAUACGCAGCAACUAUAUACAUUAGAGUUCACCAUGAAAAUGGGCAAAUAUCAACAAAUUUAAUAGCUGCCAAGACGCGUGUGGCUCCAGUUAAACAAAUCACACUACCAAGGCUUGAGCUAUGUGGUUCACAUCUUAUGACGAAAUUAAUGACUAAAGUACAAAAUGCGCUGGAAUUGUCAAAGGCUGAAACCUUUGGAUGGACGGAUUCCACAAUAGUGUUGGCAUGGUUAAGGGAUCAUCCUCGCCGUUGGAAAACAUUCAUAGCGAAUCGAACUGCGGAAAUAUUAAAAGUUGUUCCGUCUGAGCGUUGGAGACACAUUCCUUCUCAGCACAAUCCUGCAGAUCUUGCCACAAGGGGAUUGUGUCCUCAAGAACUUCUAUCUAACGAGAUUUGGUGGCAUGGUCCAGGUGAACUAAAAGACAUUCCAGAGACGUGUCAUUUAGUGCCUCCUCUGGAAGAUGACAUAACGCAGGAAGAACGGAAAAGCACGGUUGCACUUGCAAGCGUAACAACUGAGGUUUCAGUGAUAGAGCGCUACUCCUGUUAUACACGACUGCUGCGAAUCACAUCACUUCUUUUGCGAUUUGUCAACAACUGCAAAGCUAAGUGCAUUAAUAGCAAAGGUAAUAAUCAAUCCAUUACAACCAGUGAACUACGCACGGCGCAUGAUGUCCUGGUUAGAUCAGUACAAGCAGGAUCUUACACAUUCGAGUUACGAACUAUCGGUCAAGGUAGGCAGUUACCAUCUUCACAUAAGUUGGCACCACUUGCUCCAUUUAUUGACGAACAAGGAUUGCUCCGCGUAGGUGGCAGAGUUACCAACGCGAAAAUCAAUUAUAAUCAGAAACAUCCAUUCAUAAUGGACAAAACUCACCCGUUAACUAAACUAAUUGUACGUGACUAUCACAUACGUUACUUGCAUGCCGGACAGAGGCAAUUACAUUAUCUCUUGGCUCUUAAGUACUGGAUUCCAGGAGUCACACAUGUUAUCAAGCAGGGCAUCUUUAAAUGUACAGUAUGCAUGAGACACCGCGGCAUUUCCUACCAACAACAAAUGGGUGACAUACCAAAAUAUCGUUUGGAUCCAGGAUCACCUUUCCUCAACACGGGGAUCGAUUUUGCUGGGCCGAUACAG